AUGACGUCGGUGCCAAAUUUAUACAUGCUAAACCUAGCGUGUGCGGAUUUUCUUUUUCUUCUCUGGUUGCCCUUUAUAGCUUACUUCAACACGACAAAACGAUGGAUAUUUGGAAGUAUUAUGUGUAAGAUAGUGAUGGGAAUCGACGGUGUAAAUACGUUCACCGGCAUUUUUACACUGACUGCUAUGGCGAUCAACCGAUAUUCAGCUGUGGUUAAUCUAACGUGGUCUAAAAAAGGCCGAAGUUUUCAGAAAACCAGAACAGCUUGUUUUAUAAUCUGGCUGUUAGCCGCAAUUAUUUCCAUGCCUCUCUGGCUGUAUUCACGUACGGAGACCUUCAGAGGUGUGACUGUCUGUAGCGUUAUAUGUAACGCUAAUACAGGGAAGCCCCAACGCCGUCGACGCCAGUUUCACGUUGGCAGGGUCAGUGCGAUGGUUAUCGCCGCUGUUGUUCUCUUCCUCGUCUGUUGGUUGCCGUUUUGGGUCGUACGGAUAUUGUUACUUUAUAGAAAGCAUAUCACCAAUCCUAGCCUUUGCUUGCAGAUCGCUUACUACAUCAGCGUUUUCACGAGUGCCACGAACAGCUGUCUUAACCCUAUCGUGUACGCAUAUUUCAAACACGAUUUUAAAAACGCCAUAAAAGCGCAUAAGUGGACGAGUAG